AUGGUUUUUAUUCGCCAUCAUCUCCAUGAGGGCUUAAAAUCCGAGUAUCUUGGGGUAAAGGACCCUGCUACUCUAAGGAACAAUUUAAAGGAGAGAUACGAUCACCAGAAGAGUGUGAUACUCGCUAAAGCUCGAUAUGAAUGGAUGAACUUGUGUUUGCAAGAUUUUAAAUCGGUAAAUGAGUAUAAUUCCACCAUAUUUAAAAUUGUUUCUCGAUUGAGAUUAUGCGAAGACGAUGUCACAGAACAGGACAUGUUAGAAAAGACAUUUACCACUUUUCAUUCCUCUAUUAUGCUCCUGCAACAACAAUAUCGUGAAAGAGGUUUUACAAAAUACACUGAAUUGAUUUCUUGCCUCCUCGUUGCUGAAUAUAACAACGAGCUCUUAAUGAAAAAUUAUAACUCCCAUCCAACAGGAUCACAAGAAUUUCCAGAAGUAAAUGCAAAUGUUUCAUUCCCAGAAGUGAAUGCGAACAACUAUAAUCAUGGUCGAGGUCAUGGCCGCGGGCGUGGGUAUCGCCGUGGUCAUGGUUGA